AUGUCGGCCACCACUUCGACAGAUACUCUAGAGACACGAGUAAUAUACGAUAUCCUGGCCUCGAUAGGCGAGAAGCAGUCGAUCGAGAUUGAAAUCCUUCCAGAAGGCCUGGGGCCACUACUCACGGACGAUGGCGGCAGAUACAUAGGUGUCACCAAGAAGGCGCUGGUGCGGGCCUUCACCAUCGCCAGACGGGUGUUUUUUGACUCUCGACAGUCUGAGACAGUGGGCUCUGCUUCCUCUAACGCUUGUUCUUCUUCUUCUUCUGCUGCUGCUGCUGCGGCGGCGGCGGCGGCGUCGACUGUCAUCCUAGUGUUCGACUCUGAGCACCUGACAGCAUGUAACUGGCGCAAGCGAAGGAUUCUCUCGUCUCGGCUGAAUGGGUCGAACUUGACCUCAAGCCAGACAUCCCGGAUGCAUCUUCUAUCCAUCGAGCGCAAUCUCACCGCCUCCUUGCUCGGAUCACCUUUACAUCGCCAUGCAAAAUCACCGAUGUUAUGGUACCAUCGUUUCUGGGUCAUGCAUCAGGCCCAUGCUCUCCAGCAGGCUAGCGAGUCCAAAGCUGAGAUGCUAAAGGGUGAAAUUGGCCUUGUUCUACGGGCCGCUGAAAAUCAUCCCAUGAAUUAUUACGCCUUCAGCUAUCUACGGCAGUAUAUAGCCUUGUUGACCAGCAGCGUGGAGGUUGACGUUCUGUCAGAGCCCAACAUGUCUUAUGAGGUCAAGGGUGAGGAGGCCGGGACCGACAGGGAUCAGGCGGAGACGGGAGUUAGUACGUCCCAGCUAAUAUCCGAUACCCGUCUAAUUACAACUUUGUGUGACUGGUGUCUCCGUCACCCCGGUGAUAACUCGGGCUGGAUGUUCCUGCUUCAUCUCCUGUCGUUGGUGGAGGAUGAUGGAGAUGUCCUGCAUGAUGUCGUGCAGCGUGUUAUCAGUUUCGGGCGUGCGGUGCGGUGGCAAAGAGAGGCUCUGUGGACGUUUGUCGAGCUGGCUAUCUCCAAGUUUGAGACCAUCCUGUCUGGCCUUGUCGAUCCAGCUGUCCAUGAAGGGCACGGUUGGGCCCAAGAUCGGGCCCAGGAACGAGCACGGCCGGACGGUUCGGUGGCAAAUAAGACGGCUCCAGGUCCAAGGUCAUGGAAGAGAUGGACUUGUCAUGUCGUUACAUACGAUGGGCAACCAUGA